GGCGGCAACAAAUGACAACAAAGCGGGUAUGCAGCCAACGGAAUAACCAGUUCUGUGUAAACAAAUCAGCUGUCAUAUCGAGCAACAAGUUGGUAAAUCGGUCUGUAGCACAGCUAAAUGUUUAGGUCUACAAAUAGAGGCAACUAUCUUGCUACUAUAGUGCGCCACUAUUAAUGCGUCUUAGCUAAAGUAUUGAUUAAUCGCACAAAUGUCAGAAUGUCUUCGAAAUCUGACCAACUUCUUAUCGUGGUGUCCAUACUUGAGGGACGUCAAUUUCCCAAGAGUCAGCGCCAUCAUCUUAUAGUUCAGGCUAAGUUUGAUGGAGAGCAGUUGGCCACUGACCCGGUGGACCACCGAGAGCAGCCGCAGUUCUGUACCGAGCUAGCCUGGGAGCUGGAUAGGCGGACACUGCACCAACACAGACUGCAGCGAACCCCCAUCAAACUCCAGUGCUAUGCCAUUAAUACCAGCACUUCAGCGCGGGAGUGUGUUGGAUACAUUGUCCUGGACUUGAGAUCUGUGCAGGAAGUCAAACAAGAUCCAAAGUGGUACCCGUUGCUAAGCAGCAAGUACACUAAGCUCCGCCCAGCUCUCCUGCUCAGUGUGACCCUGGAGAACGACACCAAGCCGCCGGACCACACGCCUGAACGCUUCAAGGCCAAAAAGGCCCCACCCAGGCAAGGUUCCCCGGUGCUGGCGGCUCUGCUCCCUGAGAGGCUGGAGGCAGUGCUGGUCCAGCAGGAGGGCUACCACCAGAUCGGCCCGCCCGAACUCUGCUGCGACAUGUUCCUCCUCUCAGUCACCGUGGCUUUCGCCACCAAGCUGGAGCAGUUGAUCCCUAGUACCUUGAAGCUGGCUGGACAGGGCUCCGAGUUCUUCUUCUACUACACUCUGCUGGGGAACGACAUCACCAGCGAGCCCUUCCAGAACCUUCUGAGCCCCAGCUUCGAGCCGGAGAGGGCGUCGGUCAGGGUCCGCAGCAGCGAGUCUGUGCUCAGGGUCUUCCUCGGCCUGCAGCCUAGUCUGCAGAUCCACCUGUGCUGUGGGAACCACUCCCUGGGCAGCACGGAGGUGUCCCUGGCAGGCCUGGGCCAGACCGGGGUGGACCUGCAGAGCCAGGUGGCCACCGUGGAGGGAGCCUUCGUCCUCCAGCCGCCCAACAGAACCAAGCCCAGCCGGCCCUCCUCCGUUCCCCUGGACCUGCUGCCCACCGUGGGGGUGUCGGUCACUCUCCGGAAGGAGGCGCUCGGCACCCAGAUGGAAGGGAAGGCAGAGGGAGGAGAUGGACCCCAGGUUCAGAUACCAGCUCAGGGUGGAACUGACCCCCAAGGCCUCCCCUCCUCUCUCCCUCCGGUCGACCAGAGGCUCCCCAGCCCCUCUCCUGGCAUACAGUCCCCCUUUCUGCCCCCCCCGGCCCGGGCCGAGUCCCCCCAGCCCCCCCAGCCUCAGGACCAGCACCACACACACACGGAGAGCGAGGCUGACAGCCUCGGAGAGGAGGCUUCUCCUCAUGCCCCUGCACCCCCACCCCAGGAGGAGGAGUUGGAGGAGGGGGAGCUGGAGGAGGAACUGAGGUUGGAGGAGGUGGGUGGUCCGGAGGCCGGGCCCUCCUCCGUCAGUGUGUCGGCUCCUAAGAUCUCCAUCCCCUCCUCGGCUCACCACUACUGCUUCUCCAUGGACCUGCGCAGCAUCAAGAACCUCACCCUGGCCUUCCCUGUCAGCUGCACCCUCAGGUAUGCGUACCAGUUCUUCGGCAGCGCGGCGCCCAUCAUGACCAACCCCCCGGUGGAGGUGAGGAGGAACACGGAGGUGUUCUUGCCUCAGUCCUACUGCGCCUUCGACUUUGCCGCCCUGCCUCACCAGCUCCAGGACACCUUCCUCAGGGUGCCCCUGGUGGUGGAGGUGUGGCACCGCGACCCCAGCAGCAGAGACCUGCUCCUGGGCACGGCUAGCGUCCAGCUGUCCCUCCUCCUGACCUCCGAGAAGACCCGCUUCCUGGGCCCCUCCGGCCGGCAGCACUGGAGGCAGACGCACUCAGACAGGAUCCCCGUCUACAAAGCCCAGGGGCCCAGUGAGAAGGUUGCUGAGCUGUGCUACGUCACCAACCUGGAGGACAUGGGCCUGGUGAGAGCUCAGGAGAUCCUGCUGUCUGACUCCUCUCAGAAUGGACAGCCAGCCCCGCAGAGAGCAGUCUCUGCUCCCAGGCAGGCGGCCCCUGGAGGAGGCCCUGCCCCGGGAUCAGCCCCUGCCCCAGGGGCCCUCCCGCCCAGGGAGACCCCCGAGUACCAGGCAGCGCUGGAACUGGAGAUGUGGAAGGAGAUGCAGGAGGACCUGUUUGAUGACCAGCUGAAGAAAAAGGAGCUGAGUCACAUGCAGGCGCUGGCUGAGGAGUGGAGGAAGAGAGACCGGGAGAGGGAGGCUCUGGUCAAGAAGAAGGAGCAGGAGUACAACCUCCUGGAGGGGCAGCUUCAGAAGACCCUGGCCGACCUGGAGAAGAGAGAGAGGCAGCUGGCCCACGCCGAGACAGAGACGCAGCGCCUGCAGACGGAGCUGCGGGCGGAGCACGAGCGCACCCUGAGGGAGGUGCAGGAGGGCGGGCGCAGGCUGCAGCAGGAUUGCCACCACCAGGUGGAGCUGGAGAGGUCGAAGGUCAGACAGCUGGAGGAGGAGCGAGCCAGACAUCAACAGCAGCUCCUGGAUGCGGAGGGGCGUAACAGGCAGCUGGAGAAAGACUUCCAGCUCUCCAGAGAGCAGCAGAACAUCCGUCCUGAGAUCCGGCUGCAGUCAGAGAUCAACCUUCUGUCCCUGGAGAAGGUGGAGCUGGAGAGGAAGCUGGAAUCCACCACCAAGUCCAAGCUCCACUACAAGCAGCAGUGGGGGCGCGCCUUAAAAGAGCUGGCCAGGUUUAAACAGAGGGAGCAGGAGAACGCGAUGACACGGCUGAAGAAGCAACAGCAGGAGCUGGAGAGCAUGAGGCUGCGCUACCUGGCAGCAGAGGAGAAGGAAGCUGUCAAAACAGACAAACAGGAACUGGACGACAUCCGGAAUCAACUGAACAGACUGAAGCUCCAGGAGGAGCGGAGGCCGGGGUGGGGGGAGCCGGUCCCCGCUCCCGGGGGGGUCGUGUCCCUGAGCGAGGGGGCGGAGGAGCACCUGAGCCGCCUCCUGGAGGAGAGAGACACGCUGCUCCGCACCGGCGUGUACACACACGACGACCGCAUCAUCAGCGAGCUCAACCGGCAGAUCCAGGACGCCAUGGCGACGCGGCCCGCUCACUGAGACGGGCGGCCGAGAGGGAGAGGGGGCGUUCGCUGGUUGGUGGUUAUCAGGCCUGGUAGGCAGCUGGUAACCCAUGUGAUCCUCAUGGUGACCCAGUUAGUGGGCCUGGGAAAGGCAUUUUUCUAACCAGACAGCUUCCAUGGACCUGUAGGACUGUUGUCAUUGGAUUUUCACUAACCAAUAACCAGAGGCCGUGUCGACGAACGUAUUACCAUGUGGGGAGAACUGUCUAGGACCAAUAGAGUCUUUCAUUGGAUUAGACCUGUGUUACGUAUGUGGAUAGGGAUGUUGGGUUUUGAAGCUCAGCUUGGCAGUACUUGAUAUGUGUGAGUUUAUUUUUAUACGAGGCUCGCACUAAUUAUUUUUUGAAAGAAAAGUAGACGAAAGAAAAUACAAAAAUUAUUAUUUACCUCUUUCCAUCCAGAAUUACUGGUGUGGUAAACAAAAGACUUAAGAGUCAUAUUCCAGCACCCUGAGCCAAGGUUUGUUCUGUCAGUACUUGUAGAGGUUCCUGUGAACACAAGAGGGCGCCAGAGCAUGGGAAAAGUCCUCAGUAACGCUCGCUAUCUUUCCUCGUCAUGCAGAUCCAGCAUUAGUGAGCCGCACUAUUUAUUUCUGACUGAUGUGCAUUUCUGCAAAUGUGUAUAUUGAUUUAUUUGUGUUAAAUAAACUAUUUGGAGGUA